AUGGAUGACCUUAAUGAAGAUAUGGUGGGUUUGAAAUGUUCCGUGUUGUGCGCAUGGUUGACUCGAACUGAUCGCAAGGGAAGACAGCGAACAUUUGGCUUUGGCCUGCACCUCAGAAAUCUGGAAACUCCACAAGUAGGAGGAAAAUGCGGUGAACAUUACUCAAUGUUUCAUCGAGAAGGCGAUGCUGGGGUAUCAGCUUUGCGCGAUGCGAUGAUGAUGAUGCGCGAUGCGAUGCGAUGA